AUGAGGAUCAGUAGGUGCUUCGAAGAGAGAAGUAUCCAGCGUGAACGUUGCAGAAAUAAUCCAAACUUCUGCGACACCCGUUCAGUCUGAAGAAGAAGCUCUGGAAAACAAGAAAAUUGUCUGCUGAGCGUCACAAAACCGACAUCAAGCCGGUGGAAAAGGUUCAGGAAAAGCUCAAAAAUGUUUUUCCACCGUCAGGGAUUACUAGAACUGCGACUAAAAAAAAAAGUAAAUUUCAAUAAUCUCUGCCAAUUUCGCUGUUGGCUAUUUCUUAAUAUCUCAUCGAGCAUAGCAAGCAGACAUUUUUUUUUCAGUACUACUUUGUAGAACUACCUGCCACGGAAGUUUGAAGUUAACUGAAAAUUAAACAUAGAAAUCUCUUCAAAGUCCUCCAAUUCCGUAUAAAAUCAUCACUCGAAGUGGUCGCUCUCAUUCCGAAGCUCCCGCUUAGAGCACGGUCUCUGGGUUCCAGCACAAGAAUCGCUACGUUCUGAGCUCGUCAAGGCGCAACUGGAUGGACUACCUACAGAAGAACAAGGCAAAAGACCGUAAGACCAUGAUUGCGAUCCUUUCGACUACAAGUUUGGACUUUUAAGACGGUUGUUCGUUAUAGCUUUUGAAGUUCUUGUUCAACGCCUAGUCGAUUGCAUCUGAUUGAAACAACAAAUUAGAUGUUUUAUUUGAUUGAUUGAUAAUUGAAAAAUUCAACUAUAGAAACUUUCAAAAAUAAAAUUUUUGCAUUUUUUUCCGUUUUUUUAUCAAAAGAGAAGAUCAAAGUUCGAAAAAUAGAAAUCUCUUCAAUCCUUAAGAACCAAUGACUCGUGCUGAUGUGAUUGUACCAGAGUAGGGACCUUGGCGAAAAAAAUACGUAAGCGAUUGCGCAAGGACUAGAAAGAAUCGUAAUUUUCCAUCCAGAAGCUUCGGUGAGCUGAAAAUUCAAAAAAGUUUAAACUUCUGAGAAAGAAAAAAAUUAUUAUGACUUAAGCAGCUCACUGGCGAGUUUCCACCUUUCCAAUUUGGAAUGAUGGACCGUCUGGCGACUUUUACCUCUGCUGAAGAAGUAGUGAUUCUAUGAUAUUUGCGUUUCUGACCAGUUAAAAAUUGUAGAUCUGAUCCAAACUUCAAUGUUAGAUAGUCCUAGGAGUACUCAAAAUUUAAUAAAAAAUCUUCCAGGCACCCUAGGGUACUGAGAAAUAGACUGUCGAAAAUGUACGGUAGAGGCUCAAAAACUGAUUUUCUCCGGUUUUUAAAGUUCUGAAACUUCUACUGUUUUUCACUAUAUCAUAAGAAAUACUAGAAAAAAAUAUUUUGCACAAAAAACCCCAAAAAGAACUUUGACAGGCUAUUUCACAGUAGCCUAUGACGCUCAGCAGAUAUUUUUUCGAGUACCUUUUCGUACCUGGGACUACCUGUCCCAAAAGUUUGAACCAUACACGCGAUGCUCACCACACACAAUCCUCUCGUGAGAGUUCUGUAAAAGAAUACACGAAAUUAAAAAACAAUUUAUUUUAGAAAAGAAUAUGUCGAAGCCUUGUGAACUUUUGCAGUUUUUUCCCAGUAAAGGAUGUGUUUCCCAAGAAUCGUUUACGGAUGGAAUUUGAUUUAUUUUCAAUUCGUCAAUAAGUUCCCACGGCCCUAACCAUCCAGACAGCACGAUUUCUAACAAAACAUCAGAAGAAGUUCAUCAACGUUCGCCUCAUCCAUCUCAGAAUUUGCUGUGAAUAUUAUGAGUGAAGCGAACAAAAACAUUGAGACGUCGAUUAUCGGUAAUUUUUGUCUUUUAACUUGUCUUUGAUUCUCUAUCAUAUCACUUUUUCAAUUUUAGGUAAUUUUUGAAACGGGCGAAUAGUUUUUUUUUUCCGUUUUGCUUUGAUUUUCCACUCCUUCUGCUCACAAUAGCGAGGUACUAUAGCUCUGGAGGUUGAAAAAACUUCGAGCUGUCUGAUGUAGUUACUUCAAAAAAAAGAAUAAUAAUUUACCUGCUUCUAGAGGAAAGGUUAUACAUAGAUUUUGAACGCUUACAGACAAAAUAUGACUUCUUUUUUUGAAGUUCAGCAAGCUUCGUUGACGAUCCUCACUGUUUUACUUUGUCUAGAAGGAACUAGAGCCCAGAACAGUAACUUCCAAAAUCACAAACUUCGAUAAUUUUGUUAUUCUGAAGCUUUUAGAAAUUAUAGCUGGAAGUAGAACUUUCGAAAAGUUUGUUUUUAAAUGCUGGAAAUGAAAUAAGCUUUAAAAAUAUAAUAUUUUUUUCCAUUAAAAAUAGAAUAAAGUGUAGUUACUGCACUCAAAUAUAGAUAUGUCUCGAGAGACCCGACUGUUACUCCAAAAACAGUUUUGAACAACAGCCAACCAAGUAAAGCUUUUUUCUCGUAUCAUGCUGUGUUUUGGCAGAAGCUUCUGCCGUUCGCAAGUCUCCGGGGCAUUGUGAGGCGGUUUCCGCUUGGUUCAGUCCUGCUGAAACUCAAUUUUUUUGAAUUACAAAGAAAUAACAUAGCAGAAAAAAAGCUAUGAAAUGAAAUUUCAAAGACGUCCGACUUUUUUUGUCGGGCUGGUUUGCUUUUUCAGGUGCGUCGGAUGAAUCUACAGUAUGCCGAUGAUUAUAAAAAAAUCUUUUUCAUUGUUCAUAUAAAUGAAGUUUUUUUGAGUGAAAAAAAUUAAAAUUCGACUGCGAAACUUCGGAAUUUAAUUUUUCGAAAGCUUAAUGUCUGAACUAUUUUUGAGAUUUUUUAUUAGGCAAAAAUUUUCACUCGCUUUUCAUAGUUCAAAUUGCUUCUGUUUCUCAAAAGCUCAACGCUGGAGGAUGGGAAAUUUGUGAUCUUCUCCUCAGUGGAUUGAAUUUCAACAAAUUCUACUUCAACACUCCUGUUUUUUCUUCCAGUUUUCCGCCUUCCCCCAGGGUCAUGAAUUUUUCAAUUCUGAACAUAAUUUUGUUUCCAGCUGGAUGCUUUCGAAGUGCAUGGGAAUGUGCACAGCUCCAAGAUGCUCCAUUUCAAAUUUUUCAAGAGUGUUUUUUGCUGUUUCUCUUUUUUUUCUGAUCUUUUUUUUGAUUGGAAAGAUUUCAAAUUUAUUUAAAAUGCAAUUUUUUUCAAUAAUUGGAGAUCUUUUGAAACAUUUCAAACGUUUUAACGAAUUAUUCAAGAUUGAAUAGUGACCUCAGAUUUCUAACCGCUUUUUAAAGAACUUUAAUACCACCCCCGCCUAUUUUACUCGAAAAAUAAGUUUAUUUCAAAAUCAAGAAUCUGGCAAAAGGAACUUGAUUCUUUAGAAAAGUUUUUCAAAAAAAAAAGAACAAAAAAAAUUUCUCAGUUUUGAUAUUCAAAGCGCGAGUGGCUGAAGGAUGGCUCUCUUGGGUUUCUCGCUCAUCUCCCACUGAAUAUUUCUAGGUUCUUGGUAUCAUAGUGUUCAGGUGCCUUUAAAAUUGCAGUCUUCUUUGUAAGUUUCUAUUCAAACUGAAUAUUCAAUCUCUUUCGAAAAACCGAAGGAUUUUCAAAUUUUUCAUAUGAUGUUUUAAUUUUGGUCCUUGGCCUAUCUUCAAGGCGUUUUAAUUUAUUUUUCUUCUCUACAUCAAAAAUAAAUGUUUAGAAGCUUUCAGGUCAAGCAAAAAAUAAAUUAAAAAAGAAAAAGCAGUGAUUCUUUUUUUGGCAAGUCCAGUUACGAUCAGAAGUUUUGAACCGAAAGUUUUUGACCCUCCUCGCUUUUUGGCGCGUAUUCGCCAGGUCGACACCAGUCUCAACCUUUUCUCUUCUCAUAGUCUUGUCGAUACUCACAUCGAGCAGGUGCUUUCUGAUUGGCUCCUUUAGAGUGUUUUUAGUUCCUUUUAGAUUUUACAAACACUUUUUAUUUCUGUGAAAUUGAAUUUUUUUUCUUGUAAUCUAAGUUUUCUUUUCUUUCCGAAGACAGUGUUUUGAAGUCUUGUUAUUUCCCGUUUCAAUAAUGUAUUUUUCUAUUCAUUUUGUUUUGUUUUCAAAUGUCCAUAUUCAGACGCCAUGCCCAUCUACGCCGUUCCUCAGGUUGCCAGGCCUCCUCCAGAAAUUUUUACUGUAAAAGCUCGGCCAGCCUAUGGAAACGUCGACCGUGAGAUUGAGCUUCAGCUCACCAAUUCUAAGGUAAUUCAGUUCUGGCACUGAAUCACGAAUUUAAAAAAAAAGGGAUCGUAGAGAAUCGCCAAAUAAUUGACAGACACUAUUCAUUUAGCAGUACACUUUUUCUUGAGCUCCAAGUUGAUUUAUGAUUUUUGGUAUAAUCCGACGUUACCAACAUGUUUGAUUUUCAGCAUAAAAGUAUAACCAUUCGAUCCGUCUCGUCGAGAUACGUACGAAUAUUAUAAAAUUAUUUGGCGCUGACCACUUAGAAAAAUUUUAAGAUGAACUUUAUUAGUUUUCAAUCAAGUAAUUAUUCUGAGGAAUAGAAGUUUUUGCUUUUUCUUUUCAUGCAUUACUUAAAAAAAUAGGCUUAGUUUUAAGGCUUCAGACGGAGGCGGAGCGCGCAUAGCGCGAAGCCGACUGUGGCUUGCUUCGAAAAAACUGAGCCACAGUGAACAAUUCGUCAAAUAAAUGAAUACUUGACAUAAAAGGCAUUUAGUUUCAAAACGUGGACACUAAAAACACUAUCAGGUAGCUCUAAACGAUUUGCAAACUUGAUACGCGUAGCUAAAAAAAUCUGUAAAUGUAUUUCCCAAAAAAAGAAAGAAAAAAAUAUUAAAGGAGCAUACUGUGCGUAAGCGCGGGCUUCGACGCGGUCGGUUAUUUUUACUGUGAUUUCUCAUUUUUUUUUCUUUUUUGCAUUGUUUUUUUCGAAUAAUUUUAAAAUUUUUUCCUAUUUUAAAAGAUUGUUUCUUCUCAUGGCGUAGUAGCAAUAGUUGAAUUGAAUCAGCGUCGAAAAAUGCAGCGAAAUUUUUGAACUUUUUGAAAUUUUUUUUCUGGUUUUUGCACACCAUAAAGUUAUUUCUUCUUACUAGCGCCAAAUAAUUUUAUGAUAUUCGUACGUAUCUCGACGAGACGGAUCGAGUGGUUAUACUUUCAUGCUGAAAAUCAAACAUGUUGGUAACGUCGGAUUAUUCCUGAUUUUUUUUUAUUCAUCACAUAUAAAAUUCUUUUGAACGAUCUCGAUCACCAGUUUCAAUUUUUUGAUUUUGAGAUUAUCGGCAAUGGCUCUUUUGGAACCGUCUUCAUGGCUGAGCUUUGUGCCACAAACGAAACGGUAGCCAUCAAGAAAGUAUGCAUAGAUGCUCGUUAUAAGGUAUUCCAAACCUUUCACCAUCAUUUUUUGAUUUUCUUUUCAGAACCGAGAGUUAGGGAUUAUGAAAAGAUUACAACAUCCAAACAUUGUCCGGUUGAUGUAUUUCUACUACGAGCGGACGGUCAAGGUGAGUUUUCAACUAUUGAUGAGAAUAAGAUCAAUUUCAGGACGAAGAGAUGCUCUACAUGAUGAUGGAGUUUAUGCCGAAGACGUUACAUCAGGUUCUACGAGAACACACGAAAAACCAAACGUUUUUAUCAUCUUUUCAUACUAAGGUAACUCAUUAAAUGGAUCCAGAGCAUAUAAAGUAGAGGGCCAUUUGUGCAGAUUUUGAAAAUCAAGCUACGCUCUUCUUUCAUUUCAAAAAUGCUCUUUUCAAUCAAUAUUACAGUCUUUUUUCUGCAAUUUUCAAAAUGAUGGUACUUCAACUUUAAGGUAUACUAUCUCGAACAAAACAUCAAAUUUUUAGUUGUACACCUUCCAACUCCUCCGCGCUCUCGCCUUCAUUCAUACUGACAAUUUGGUUCAUCGCGACAUCAAGCCCCAAAAUCUUCUUGUGGAUCACGAAAUCGGCGUUUUGAAAGUGUGUGAUUUCGGAUCAGCCAAGUUCCUGGAGAAGGACCGUGAAAACGUUUCUUACAUUUGCUCUCGGUAUUACCGCGCUCCAGAAUUGUUGCUUUGUUGUAACAACUAUGGCGUCAAUAUAGGUCAGUUCAUUUGGAAAACGAUUUGAGGAGCCUACUAAAAUAAUUUUCAGAUGUAUGGUCGGCUGGUGCUGUGCUGUGCGAGUUUUUCCAUGAUACGCCGCUAUUCCUUGGAACUUCCAGUGCGGGAGUAUUGAUAACCAUCGCUUCGGUGAUUCUUUUUUCUAUCUAUAUUUAAAGUUCAGGCGCGUUAAAUUAUAGUUCUGAAAUCCUAAUUUUAUCAAUUGAAACAGCUUUCGAAGCACAAGUGAAUAUCUGAAAAUCGCGAACGUCUCUUGAAAGUUUUCCUGUUUCAGUGAGCAAGACUCUAAAUCUUUUCAACAAAAAAUAGAGCAUUUAUUAGGUUUUUCUGCUUUGGUCUCAUUCUCAGUAACGUCAGAGGGGUUCCUAUAGGGUUAGGGAAAAAUAGCCCCUACAGGGGUAGUUUUUAGGUGAUUACUUGAAGAGGUUAAAGCACUGACCUGUUAGCUCCUAAAACUUUGGUGGCCUCUACAGAAAGAAGUCAAGUGGUCCCUAGAGGGGGACCUUCGAGGGGCCCUAAGGCAGCUUCUAAAAGGGGCACUCGGGAGUUCCUCAGUUCAACAUAAACAAAAAAGUCGUGUUGAAUUUUAAAAACAAAGGAAAGCUGGAAAAAUUGCAUUUUAAACAUUUUCAGAUUCUUGGAAAGCCGCAGAUCGACGACAUCCCUCAGAAAAGGCCAACAAUAUCGCUCAGUCAACUUCCUGACCUGCCAGGAAUUGGGAUCGCAAAGGUUUUUUGUUCGAAAAAAAGCGGAAAAAAAACUAAGAAUUUCAGGUUUUGAAUCGACGUCCGUCUGGUAAUGCGCUACAAGUGAUCCAAGGCUUUUUGAAAUACAGCCCGUCCCAGCGAAUGGAUCCAUUGGAAGCCCUAGCUCUACCGUACUUUGAUGAUUUACGCAAUCCGUCAGCGAAGGUGGACGACAUUCUGACAUUCUUUAGAAAAAAAUUCACGGAUCGGAUUUUUUCUGAUACGCAAAUCAAUUAACACAAAACGAAAAAAGCCUGGAAUGUGAGAAAAAAAAGUUUUUUUCUUGAUACCAUAUGGAAAAAUCCUAACUUGGGACUUAAAAAGGACUCUUAUACAAAAAAAAAAAUGAAAAAAACUAAACGCCUUUGUUACUUCCGUUUUGUUGAUAAAUGCAGAGGAUGUUUUAAAUUUCAUGUAUUUUUUUUUUGAAUGAUUCGAAAAUUUCUGAAAUAAUUAUCAACUGAUCAAAUAUAACCUGAAAAUUUGCAGCUUCCAAAUGGCGCCCCUUUGCCUCCGAUUUUCGAGUGGUACGAAAAGGAAGUUGUUAACAAAUCGGACAUUCUCAGAAAGGUUUUGCUCUAUCAUUUCUGUCAAACAUCCGACGAGAUUUCAGAUCUUUCCUUCCCGCAAAGAGUCCGUGGCGACGAUCGAAGUCCCUGCCAUUACCAUCGAACCUCUAGACGUUGAGCCGAAGCUGUCGGACGAAAAUGCCAUUGGAGAACCGAGAUCUAAGCAGAAGAAAACCAAGAAGCUGUUUAGUCUUAACUGA